AUGUGAACCAAUAUUUGCGCCAAAAAGAAAAGAAGAAAGAAAAGAACUCAUGUCAUGUAUAUAUGAGAUGAGAUAUCACCUUUCUUUGCGUUCUAAUCAGCACAGUUAUGGCGUCCUCUUUACACAACUGUGUUUUUGCUAUUCUACUUUUGGCCAUAAUCCAAUUUAAAACCACGCAUGCGAACUCCCAUCAUCAUCACCACCUCAAAUCUCUUCACUUCUCUUUGUUUCAACACGAGACUAUAAACAAAACAGGAUAUAUCAUAGUGAAUGGUAUAGAAGGCGGGCCAGGAAUCACUGAAACAACAACCCCUUUUGGCACCUUGUUUGUCUUUCAGGAUCCUUUGACUGUUUCAGCAAACAGAUCCUCCAAACUAGUUGGGAUUUCAGAAGGGACUUCCAUUACAUCAAGUCUUGAUGGGCUUCAAAGCACCUCAGUUGCCAAACUGAGUCUCAGUUUGAAGCACCACAAGGGUUCUGUUUCUAUUGUUGGUGGCACAAAUAAUGUCAAGCCUUCGGAUUAUCCAGUGGUAGGAGGUACUGGUGAUUUCAUGUUUGUGCAAGGCUAUGUUACAUCUUCUCCAGUUAAUCUUAAGGGUCCCACUGUUGUCUACAAGAUUGAGUUUCAUCUUUACUGGCCCCCAUAUGCAACUCAAGCCUCAUGAAGGUCCUGGACACUUGAUAAUACCCCAGUUCCAAUGGGUCUCAAUUUUUCCUUUUGGUUUCGGAAAAUACAUCAGCUAUUUGCAUCGUAUUCUAAGAUUUAGGGUCAACAAAUCUUAUUUGCAGUGCCAUUUGCUUGUCUCCUUAUUCAUGUAGCUAAUCCUCCAUUUACUUGUCUGUUUGUGCCAUUAUUACUUGUUAUUUUAGUACGGAAAUAAAGAUUGUCAACAAUCUGAUUGUUAUCCUUAGCUUUUAAUAGAUUCA